AUUAUAUUAUAUUAUAUUUUGUUUUUGUUUUAUUUUUAUUUUUUAUUUAUUUUUUUCUUUUUUGACAUUAAAUAUGACUGACAUGAGGAAUGUGAAUAACUGGCACUGGGUCAACAAAGAUUGUCGAACUUGGGCAAAAAAUUAUUUGCAGCAACAACUUGUUGGAUUAAAAGCUGAAAAGGAUGAGAUCAAGGUAUCGAUCAUUAGUUUAGAUGAUUGUACAGGUGAUGUUGACCUGAAUCAAAGAAAAGGAAGAUUAAUUGCCAUUUAUGAUGUUGCUUUAAAAUUAAGUUGGCAAGGUUUACUCAAGGAUAAAACAAAAGUAUAUGGACAAAUUCAUGUACCUGAAGUUGCAUAUGAUACAGAGUUUGAUGAUUAUGUGUUUAAUAUAAGCUUUAAUGAUCUGAAUCAAAGUGAAAAAGAUAAAGAUGAAUUGAAGAAACUAAUAAAAACCGAUUUAAUACCACAGCUUAGAAACAAAUUUGUUCAUUUUACACAGGAUUUAAUCAACACUCAUAGUUCAGAUUUGUAUGCAGAUAAAAAUUCAGCUCCAUCUACACCUACGUUAGUUCAGCGAAAGAAGACAAGUUCGCUUACAGCAACAACAACAACAAAUAAAGAAGAUAAAGUAAUAAAGACAGCCAUUAUUAAUCAUUCUUAUGAAUUUAAAGGAGUUUCUGCAAGAGAUAUUUAUGAAACAUUAUUAGAUUCUAAACGUGCUGAUAUUUGGUCUCAUAAUAAAUCAAAGAUAUCAAAGAAGAUGGGAAGUGAAUUUCAAUUAUUUGAUGGAAAUGUACAUGGUUUAUUAUUACAAGCAACUCCUGCAAAGUCUAUCUUACAAACUUGGAGAUUAAAAGGCUGGCCAAAAGAUCACUAUUCUACAGUAACAAUUUCAUUUACUGAAAGACCUGAUGGUGUUCUAGUCAAUGUCAAUCAAGUAGGCGUACCUGCAGGUCAAGAAGAAAUUAUUAAAAGAAAUUGGAUGGGCUAUUAUUGGACUCCAAUUAAGGACUGCUAUAAUCGUGAUCAAUUCAGGGAUAUACCAUAUCAAAAGGAUCCUCUCUUUGGCUUUAUUAACAGAAAUUAUAUUAUUUUAAUGAUAGCUAUUCUAUUCAUUAUUGCAUUUACUGCAUAUCAAGUUGCUCCUCAUUUUAGAGUUUAGAAUAAAAAAAAAA